AUGACAAGAGCCUCUGUUGAUCUUGGAAAGGGCACAUAUUACACUUGCAUGGUGUGUAUUUUGACGUCUGCUGGCUGUGGCCCUGCAGCAGUGAACUACAUCAAUACAUAUUCUGGAUCUCCUGUUGGGCCUCCUCAGUCAUUGAGUGUCAAUGCUACAGACCUAUCAAUACUGAUAGACUGGGAGGCUCCAUUUGAUCCAUUGAACAUCAUAACAUCAUAUGCUAUCACGUAUCAGUUACUUGAUACUCCAGUGUCUCUUGCAGUGCCUCGUCCUGUAGCAACAGUGUCUGGUAUAACGAAUACAAUGUAUUUAUUGGAAUUAGUUUUAUCAGCAUCUUCGUACAACAUAACAGUUUAUGCUAAUACUUCUAAUGGGACUGGAAUAGAGAGUGAGCCAAUAGCCAUAACUACUCAGAAAUCAGGUACUCUUUUAAAUUUUAUGUGUUCCGCUGCCAGCUCUACAGACAUUAAUUGUUCAUGGGAAAAUUUAUCAAAUGAUGACUAUCAGCUUCAUUACUCCAUCCUCCCCAGUUUCAACUAUUAUGCAAACAAUGAAGGUACUAUCAAUGAGGGACGUAUUCAUGACUUGAAGCCAUAUGUUGGAUAUGUAAUUUCACUCCAAUUGUCUAAUACCAAUCUAAUGAACACCGUUGUUUUAACACAACCUGAAAUUCCCACUGCUUCUGUUGAAGACAUAUCAUUUAAUGUAUUAACUCCAGAUUCUUUUACUCUAUCAUGGAAAUUACCUCCUAAAAAUGAGUGGAAAGGAAUAAUUGAGAAUUUUACAAUCAAAGCUGUGCCUAUAAAAUCAAUAGGAGAAA